GACGAGCCUUUCUCUCGUCCGUCGGACUACCGACCUAUCAACAUGUACCAUCCGAGCACUAAUCAUUAUAUGGCUCCGACGUAUUUCGCACCUCCGCCACAGCCUGGACACAUGCACUUAGUGGCACCUUUACCUCGUCCGACUAAUGUACCGCCUCAACGGAAGCGUCCUAAAUAUACCCGCAGUAAAACAGGAUGUUUAACAUGUAGGGCGAAGAAGAUAAAGUGCGACGAAACGAAGCCGAACUGUAUGAGAUGUACGCAUGGGCAACGCGAAUGCACUUGGCCGGAAGGCUUACCGACGCGUAAGAAAGCCCCGCCGAAGAAGCAACAGACGCCAACGGAUACUCGACCUUCGACGGCCGAGUCUUCGGGAGUCUCUGAGUCCUCGACUCCUCCAACGCGCAACAUAACCCCGCCGAAGCAGGAGAGUGGCCCGCUGGAGUUAAGCCUACCCCCUCUCGCAUCUACGAGGCGUCACAGUGAGCCCUAUUUGACCCUUCCCGCCUCCGGGUUGAUACCUUCGCGGCGACAAAGUAUCCCCACGCUUCAAGCCACCACUCAUCAUGGAUACCCAGCACAUUCGUUACAUUCUCAUGCUUUGCCAGUAAUUCCCGAGAUGACCUCAUCAUACCCCUCCCAACGAUAUAAUUCUCAAUAUUCGACUCCCUUGCACGCGCAUUCGCCAGGCAUUGAUACCACGCAUAUCUCCUCUCGUCCGUCCUCUAGCAGCAAUAGCAUUCGUCGUAUGGAGCACAAUUCACACCCUUCCGCACAAUGGCUUCCUAAUCAUCCUACUCCACCAUUAAUGCAACCAGUGGACCCCAUCGAACCAUACUUUCAGACAGUUCAGGAGAGGCAAUUGGUGGGGCACCCUUCGUCUAAUAAUCACCCAUUUAGAUACCAAUGAGAACGAUGAUUUGUUUUGUU